GGGAAGCGCUCGCCGCCUUAAAGCGCAGGGCGCAGGCGCGGCGCCGGGGCAGGCGCGGUGCGGGUUAGAUGGCGCACUACAAGGCCACGGACUCCAAACGGGAGCAGUUCCGCCAGUACUUGGAGAAGUCGGGAGUGCUGGACAUGCUCACCAAGGUGUUGGUAGCCUUAUAUGAAGAGCCAGAGAAACCAGAUAGUGCACUGGAUUUUCUGAAGCAUCACCUGGGAGCUUCAGCUCCUGAGAAUCCGGAAAUAGAGGCACUUCGCUUGGAAGUGGCAGAGAUGAAAGAAAAAUAUGAAGCUGUGCUGGAAGAAAAUAAAAAACUGAAAACCAAGCUGGCUCAGUAUGAAGCACCUCAAGAUGAGAAGCAUGGUGAAUAACAGUAGUUUUUCCUUUAAUGCCUUGACUUAAUAAAGGGCUUCCUGAGAAAUGUGGUUUGUGUGUGUGUAAACUCUGCAUUGUCUACUUUGUUACAUCAUCACAUUAAAGAAAGAAUGCAUUAUCAUGAGCAUGCAGAUGCAGUGGCAACUACUGAGUUAACCAUACUGGCCAACAUUCUUGCUUUCUGUGUUUAAGAAAAGAUGAUGGUUAUGAUUAACUUUUAGAUAACUGUGCCUGCCAGCUUCAUGUAAUUUUCACAUCAUGGUCAAUGGUCCGGUUGCACUGCUGAUCUGUCUCUUUGUUUUCUUUUAACUGAAAGGGGUGACAUGACAUUGAUGGACCAACUGUAAACUAAAGCAGGAC